AUGGAGGUUUUGUGUCACGAAGUGAAGUUGCCAAUGAAAUCUUGGAUUGAAGGGGUAUUCUACAAGAGAGAGUGUAACAAAUUCAUACCCAGCACAAAAGACCCUCACAGAUGCACUCAAGGCUGCCAAGUCUGUCAGAACUUAGUCAGGUGCUGCUGUGGCCGGCUGAUACAAGAACAUCAUGGGUUAGAUUAUGCCUGGACCCUCUCAGCCGCUGGGGGCGAGGGGGAUCAACAGUGGUCUGCUGAGAAGCACACAGUGAAGAGCCCUACAGACACCUUUGGCACCAUUAAUUUCCAAGAUGGAGAACAUAUCUACCACUCCAAGUACAUCAGAACGUCUUGGGAUACAAACUCAGAACACCUGUUGCAGUUAAUGUUGAAAGAGUGGAAUAUGGAGCUGCCAAAGCUUGUGAUCUCUGUCCAUGGGGGUAUCCAGAACUUCAAGAUGUCCUCUAACCUCAAAGAAGCCUUCAGCCAGGGUCUGGUCAAAGCUGCAGAGACCACAGGAGCAUGGAUAAUUACAGAAGGCAUAAACUCAGGAGUGUCCAAGCAUGUUGGGGAUGCCCUAAAAGCCCAUUCCUCUAAGUGUUUGAGGAAAAUCUCCACAGUUGGAAUCCCUCCUUGGGGUGUCAUUGAGAACCAGAGGGAACUGGUUGGAAGAGACGUAGUGUGCAUGUACCAGACUGUGGGUGGCAACCCGUUCAGCAAGCUCACCACCCUCAACUCCAUGCACUCUCACUUCAUCCUGUGUGACGACGGGACAGUGGGCAAGUAUGGAAAUGAGGAGAAGCUCAGGCGGAACCUGGAGAAGCAUCUCUCCAUGCAGAAGAUACACAGCUGCUCAAGACAAGGUGUACCCGUGGUGGGGCUGGUGGUGGAAGGAGGCCCCAACGUCAUCCUCUCAGUGUGGGAAUCUGUCAAGAACAAGGAGCCUGUGGUGGUGUGUGAGGGCACGGGCCGAGCCGCGGACCUCUUGGCCUUCACCUACAAACACUUGGAGGAUGGAGGGAUGCUGCGCCCUCAGGUGAAAGAAGAGAUCAUCUGCUUGGUUCAGAGCAUGUUCAACUUUAGCCUUAGGCAGUCUAAGCACCUUUUCCAAAUUCUAAUGGACUGCAUGGUGCACAAGGAUUCAAUUACCAUAUUUGAUGCUGAUUCUGAGGAGCACCAAGACCUUGAUUUGGCAAUCCUAACGGCUUUGCUGAAGGGCACAAGCUUAUCGGUGUCAGAACAAUUAAACCUGGCAAUAGCUUGGGACAGAGUGGACAUCGCCAAGAAACAUAUCCUAAUUUAUGGACAACACUGGAAGCCCGGCGUUCUAGAACAAGCAAUGUUAGACGCCUUAGUGAUGGAUCGGGAGGAUUUUGUGAAACUCUUGAUAGAGAAUGGAGUGAACCUCCACCGUUUCCUCACCAUCCCCCGACUGGAAGAUCUUUAUAAUACAAAACAAGGACCAACUAAUAUGUUUUUGCGUCAUCUUGUCCAAGAUGUCAAACAGCACACCCUUCUCUCGAGCUACAGAAUAACACUCAUUGACAUUGGGCUGGUAAUAGAGUACCUCAUUGGUGGAGCCUACCGAAGCAGCUACACCAGGAAAAACUUUCGCGUUCUUUACAACAACCUCUACAGAAAAAACAAGCAUUCUCUCCACCAGAGACAUUCCUUGGGAAGCAGAAGUGACUCUUCAGAAAGCACCUCGCAUUCCCAGUUCUUUAGGACUGCCCAGCCCUACAAAUCCAAGGACAAGCCUGGAGACUCUCAUAAAUCAAAGAAGAAGUCAAAGGACAUUCACAGCCUGUCGGAGGACCCCGAGCCAGCUGGCUUUGUCUACCCAUACAAUGAGCUGCUGGUGUGGGCUGUGCUCAUGAAGAGGCAGAAGAUGGCCAUGUUCUUCUGGCAGCACGGAGAGGAGACCACAGUCAAGGCAGUCAUUGCUAGUAUUCUCUAUAGAGCCAUGGCCCGGGAAGCUAAGGAGAGCAACAUGGUGGAUGAUACCUCGGAGGAGCUGGAAAAUUACUCAGAGCAGUUUGGCCAGCUUGCCCUGGAUGUGUUAGAGAAGGCCUUCAAGCAGAACGAACCAAUGGCAAUGAAACUGUUGACCUACGAACUCAAGAACUGGAGCAAUUUCACCUGCUUGAAACUGGCAGUGUCUGGAGGACUACGUCCCUUUGUGUCACAUUCUUGCACCCAAAUGCUGCUGACAGACAUGUGGAUGGGACGUCUGAAAAUGAGGAAAAAUUCCUGGCUGAAGAUCAUCAUCAGUAUCCUUUUACCACCCAUGAUUUUGACAUUGGAAUUUAAAAGCAAAGCUGAGAUGUCACAUGUCCCACAAUCCCAGGAUUUCCAGUUUACGUGGAAUAACAGUGACCAGGAUCUCAGUACCACCAAAGAAAAUGCUUGUGCGAAAAACUAUGAUUUGGAAAGAGGCCCCGAUGAGAAACUGGAUGAAAAUGUGCACUUCGACAUCAGAAAUGGGCCCCAGAGCCUCCCCUGGACAAGGAGAGUCUACGAGUUCUACAGCGCUCCCUUUGUGAAGUUUUGGUUUUACACGAUGGCUUAUCUGGCAUUCCUCAUGCUGUUCACUUACACAGUGUUGGUGGAGAUGCAGCCCGAACCCAUCGUGCAAGAGUGGUAUGUCAUCAUUUACAUCUUCACCAAUGCCAUCGAAAAGGUCAGAGAGAUAUGCAUUUCAGAACCAAGCAAGUUUACUCAAAAGGUGAAGAUGUGGUUGAGCGAAUACUGGAACCUAAUAGAAGCUGUGGCUAUUGUCCUGUUUUUAGUGGGUUUUGGCCUACGGUGGGGAAGCCCCCCUUUACACACUGUAGGAAGACUCAUCUACUGCCUAGACAUCAUAUUCUGGUUCUCUCGGCUCAUGGACUUCUUCGCUGUGAAUCAACAUGCAGGUCCAUAUGUGACUAUGGUUGCAAAAAUGGCAGCAAACAUGUUCUACAUUGUGAUCAUGAUGGCCAUUGUCCUGCUGAGCUUUGGCGUGGCGCGCAAAGCCAUCCUCUCACCAAAUGAGCCUCCUUCAUGGCGCCUGGCUCGCGAUAUUGUUUUCGAGCCAUACUGGAUGAUGUAUGGAGAAGUCUAUGCUUCAGAUAUAGAUGUUUGUGAAAGUGACCCUUCUUGCCCUCCGGGUUCUUUCCUGACUCCGUUCCUGCAAGCUGUCUACCUCUUUGUUCAGUACAUCAUCAUGGUGAACCUGCUGAUUGCCUGCUUCAACAACAUUUACUUAGAUAUAAAAUCCAUCUCGAAUAAAGUCUGGAAAUACAAUCGCUAUCGCUACAUCAUGACCUACCACCAGAAGCCCUGGCUGCCCCCACCCUUCAUCCUGCUGAACCACAUGUGCCUGCUCCUCCGAGGUCUCUGCUGUCACCCAGGGCCACAGGACCAGGAAGAGGGUGAUGUAGGCCUAAAGCUCUACCUCACCGAGGAAGACCUGAAAAAGCUUUAUGAUUUUGAGGAACAGUGUGUGGAAAAAUAUUUCCAUGAGAAGACGAAAGGGCUGAACUGUAGUUUUGAGGAACAAAUCCGAGUGACAUCAGAACGGGUUUCAGAGAUGUUCUUCCAACUGAAAGAGAUGAAUGAAAAAGUAUCUUUUAUAAAGGACUCGCUACUAUCCUUGGACAGCCAGGUGGGCCACCUCCAGGACCUCUCUGCCCUGACCGUCGACACCCUGAAGGUCCUUUCUGCUGUUGACACGUUGCAGGAAGAUGAGGUUCUUCUGGCCAACAGAAAGCAUUCCGCUUGUAGAAAACGUCCCCACAGCUGGACCAAUGUCAUCUGCACAAAUGUUCUCAGCAGCACGGGAAGCUGUGCGAAGAAGAAAUUUCAGUGCUACAGCAUGCCCCCUUCUUUGCUGCGGAGUCUUGCCAGAAGCCAGCUUCCCCCAAGAGUGCAGACGGGAGCCUUGCUAGAGAUUACACACGGUAAGGGAAAGGCCUCAUGCGUAAGAGAAGACCAGGAGGAACAAGAAAUGGACCCAGUUGCUUCUGGGGUGUCCCAGGUCAGACAAGCACACUCUGAGUAUGGUCAGUUUCUCCUGGUCCCGUCUUCUGGAAAACAAGUUCCUUUCUCUUUUGAAAGGCCCCCACCUAUUUUCAGAUCAUCUGAAGAAGCCAACAUAGAUGACCUGGCACUGGAACAUGUAUGCCAACAUGAUAUCACUAUCCAUCUGCCUGUGCAGACCUCUGCUGCCUCCCACCAAGCAUUGGUAGCAGAACACAAGGAGCCACAUGAGGCAGCCACACAGAGGUCAGACGAACAUGACAAGGCCGAAGAAGAUCCACUCACGCUUAGUGGCCUACCUGCUCCCUUGACAAUGACCUCGCUUCCUUCCCGAGCCAUCAGCAUGCAAGCCGAGGGUGGAUACGUGAACUGGGCCUUUUCUGAAAGUGAUGAAACCGAUGUGUUCAGUUUCAAAAAAAAGUGGAAAACUUGCUUGCCUUCUACGUGCAGCAGUGAAGAAUGCCCCCUCCAGAGAGGAGGCAGGUGCAGCAGUAAAGAAUGCCCCCUCCAGAGAGGAGGCAGGUGGGGACUGGAUAAUUCAAGAACAUCGUCCCAGAGUAGUGAGCGCUCAGUAGUGGCAGGACCGUGGGCCCAGCCAAGAAGGUCUUUUUGCAUCAGUCCUCUCUGUAGAAACAGACCUCUCAUCAGGAGCCAUAGCUUUAGAUUCCACAAGGAGGAGAAACUGAGGAAGAUCUGGAAGAACAACAGCCACGCAAGAGCCUCAGAGACAGGCUCAACAUGGAUCAAAACAAAACUCCUAACCAAGAACAGAAGCCUGUCAAAGAAGAAGAAGAAGACGACGACUCAGGGACUCCAGGUGCCAGUGAUUACAGUCAAUACCUGCUAUCAAAGUGACUCAUUGAAUUCAGAGACAGGAGAAGCAAACAUCACUGAACAGUACGGCAAGAACUGGCUCUCCGUGUCCAACUUCAGCCAGUUAAGUUUAGAACCUUAUAUAUAUCAGAAAAUGAAAAUGAAGGAAAUUGAGCAGCAUACCACACGAGCAAGCGACUACCUGAAGUGUUGUCGAGAGGACCCACAUGAAGACCCUUCAUGGAGUCCCAGGAACACCAACCUCAGCAGGAGUUUUCUAACAAGGAGCUCAAGUGAAAUUGACAAGAUCUCGGCCUCCUUAAAGAGCCCUCAAGAGCCUCACCACCAUUAUUCAGCCAUUGAAAGGAAUAAUUUAAUGAGGCUUUCUCAGACCAUCCCGUUUACACCAAUCCAGCUGUUCGCAGGAGAAGAGGUGACCAUCUACAGGCUCGAAGAGAGUUCCCCUCUGACUCUCGAUAAGAGCAUGUCCUCUUGGUCCCAGCAUGGGAGAGCUGCCAUGAUCCAGGUGCUGUCCCAAGAGGAAAUGGAUGGGGGCCUCCGCAAAGCCAUGCGAGUCAUCAGCACGUGGUCUGAGGAUGAAGUUCUCAAGCCCGGGCAGGUUUUCAUUGUGAAGUCCUUUCUCCCGGAGGUUGUACAGACGUGGUAUAAAAUCUUUCAGGAGAGCACUGUGCUUCAUCUUUGCCUGAGGGAAAUUCAACAGCAAAGAGCUGCCCAAAAACUCAUCUAUACCUUCAACCAAGUCAAACCACAAACUAUUCCCUAUACACCGAGGUUUCUCGAGGUUUUCUUGAUCUACUGCCACUCAGCCAACCAAUGGUUAACCAUUGAGAAGUACAUGACAGGGGAGUUCCGGAAAUACAAUAACAACAAUGGUGACGAAAUUGCCCCCACCAACACCCUCGAGGAGCUGAUGUUGGCUUUCUCUCACUGGACAUAUGAGUAUACCCGGGGAGAGCUGCUGGUUUUAGAUUUGCAAGGUGUUGGAGAGAACUUGACAGAUCCGUCUGUUAUAAAACCUGAAGACAAACAAUCAAGAGGGAUGGUGUUUGGACCGGCCAAUUUAGGGGAAGAUGCAAUUAGAAACUUCAUUGCAAAACAUCGCUGCAACUCCUGCUGUGAGAAGCUCAGGCUGCCGGAUUUAAAAAGAAAUGAUUAUUCCCUUGCAAGGGAACAUUGCAACUCAGGACUUGAGAAAAACAUUGAACCAGCUGAGGGACUUCCAGCAAGAGACAGAAAUAUAAAUGCCCUGGAAGAUCUCACACGGCUCUAGAAAGGGCCACGAAGAAGAUGAUGGUCUCUUUGCUCCUUUUGCCUUGAACUCUAUGGUGAUGUCCACUGAUUGACACGAUCCUGACUAUGUCAGAAUCUCUGUCAGGCUGACUGUACAGUGUGGAAGUUCCUGGAAGUGUUCUCUGAUCCUCAUCUCCCGCUGUACCGAGGACACAAUGUCUAAAGGAGGGAUCCUCCCAGAUAUUGACCUCAGAGCAGAAUGUUUGGCAUGCAUUCUCAUGUCCUUGUUCUGCAUGAAGACACUGAAGGAGUCCACCAGGGAUACUCUCCUUUAUACCUCAUUGCUUCAGCUGGCUGCUUGGAACUCUUGGAGUAGAAUGCUGUGCACUGAAGAACUGGGGGAUGAAUUAAUUUAUUUUCUUAUGAUGUUUGCAGACUCUAUCCCCACUGCUAUUCAUCAUUUCAUUCAAGCAUUGUAUCUAUAUACAUAUCUAUACCUUUAGGUAUACACACCUAUACAUACAUUAAAAUGUAUGUGAUUUCUUCUUCCUUCUCCAGGAACACAAGGUUUGAAUAGCAACAAUAGGGAAAACACGGGGAUGAAUGUCUGUUGGCCCAGGUUGGAGCAUAAAGAGUCACAAAAAGUCAAGUCCUGGUGAACUCUAGAUGCUUUGGAUUAUAGUCUUCCAGUUUCUUUGAAUGAGGGAGAAGUACAAAUUUAAACCAUUUUUUCCU